UCUGUUGCACGUGAGCACCCUUAAGUGAGGAAAGUAGAAGGGGACCGAGUGAGUUUCGGAAAAAAAAAAAGGGUUUACAGAAGAUUAGAGAGGGAAGAAGGUUGAUUGGUCGAUGGAGGUGGAGCAAGCUAAGCCAAAGCCAACGCCGAAGCGGUUUGUGAAGAACCAAAUCCCUGAUUCCAUCCUCAACGACGCGGCCCUCAACGCCGCCAUCUCCGUUCUCCCUCACAACUACAACUUCGAGGUCCACAAAUGCGUUUGGCGCGUUCUUUCCACCGGCGCCAAGCGCGUUGCCCUUCAGUUCCCCGAGGGCCUCCUCAUGUACUCCCUCCCUCUCUCCGACAUCUUCACUACCUUCGCCGCCGUCGACCGCUGCUACGUCCUCGGUGACGUCACCUACGGCGCUUGUUGUGUCGACGACUUCUGCGCCGCUGCGCUCUCCGCCGACCUCCUCAUCCACUACGGCCACAGCUGCCUUGUCCCCAUCGAUUCCACCACCAUCCCCUGUCUCUACGUCUUCGUUGACAUCAAAAUCGACGUUUCCCAUUUGGUUGAUACCGUUAAAUUGAACCUCGAAUCUCGCGCCCAGAACCUCGUAUUAGCUGGUACUAUUCAGUUUGCAUCUGCAAUUAGGGCUGCGAAGCCGGAAUUGGAGAAAUCAGGGUUUAGGGUUUUGGUACCGCAGUCCAAGCCUCUUUCGGCCGGUGAGGUUCUUGGCUGCACUGCUCCCAAGGUUUCAUUAAUGGAUUCGUUUAGUGAGAAUCCUGAGAAUAGCGUUUUGGUAUUUGUAGCUGAUGGAAGGUUUCAUCUUGAGGCGAUCAUGAUAGCUAAUCCUGGGAUUAAGGCUUUUAGGUAUGACCCUUACAUUGGGAAGUUGUUUCUGGAAGAGUAUGAUCACGUGGGAAUGAAGGAAUCUAGGAAAGGUGCGAUUUUGAGAGCGAGGGAGGAAGCUCGGAAUUGGGGUGUUGUUUUGGGGACUUUGGGUAGGCAAGGGAACCCUAAGAUUCUGGAGAGAUUGGAAAAGAAUAUGAAGGAAAAAGGGUUCCUUUACACUGUUUUCUUGAUGUCUGAGAUUAGCCCUGCAAGGAUUGCAUUGUUUGAGGACUCUGUGGAUGCUUGGAUUCAGAUUGCUUGUCCUCGGUUAUCGAUUGAUUGGGGUGAUGCUUUUGGGAAACCAGUGCUCAAUCCCUUCGAGGCAGAGAUCGCGUUGGGGGUGAUACCUGGCUGGUGGGAGAAGAAAAAUGUGUUGGUGGCAAAGGUGCAGGAAGGUUGUGAAGAUGGUGGUGUAAGUUGCCAGAAGAGUGGUGAUUCUUCCUGUGAGUGUAGCUGUGGAGAAGAUGAAAAUGGAAAUGGAAAGAGCGAUUUUGGUGGUGAAUAUCCAAUGGACUAUUAUUCUCAAGAUGGUGGGGAGUGGAAUUCCUCUUAUGUGAAGAAGUCCUCUCGUCCUGUCGGAACACCAGGACGCGUUUUAGAUCACCUCAAAAACACCAAAGGAUUUUCUCUUAAUAGAUUAAAAUAUUUGGUCCUAGAUGAGGCGGACAGGCUGUUGAAUGAGGACUUUGAGGAAUCACUUAAUGAGAUUAUACAAUUGAUUCCUCGUGAGCGGAGAACAUUUCUGUUUUCUGCUACAAUGACUAAGAAGAUUGAAGCAGCCUCUAAGUAUUCUACUGUUGACACACUGAAGCAGCAAUAUCGUUUCUUACCUGCCAAACAAGGAUUUCUACCUUGUGUACAUUCUCACUGAAAUGGCUGGAAGUACAUCAAUGGUGUUCACUCGUACAUGUGAUUCAACUCGUCUUCUUGCUUUGAUUCUUAGUAA